AUGGCGUAUUCCUCAAAAGCAGACGAUAUUAACUGUUUAAUUAAUGAUGUUCCUGAACUCACCGAAGAUGAAAAAAUAACGCUGAUUACUGCCAUGAAGAAGGCAGAGGAGUUAGAUGCUGAGGAACGAAAUAAAAUGAGCCGGCCUUUGGAAGGUCAACUUUAUAAGUAUACAAAUGUGGUGAAGGGUUGGCAGUAUCGUUGGUUUAUACUUAUUCCAGAAACUGGUAUUUUAGAAUACUACAUGCUGGAUGAAGUUAAGAAAAAAAGGCCAAGAGGAGCGAUUUUUCUGGCUGGAGCUGUGAUAUCACCAAGUGAUGAAGAUGGUCAAUCUUUUGCUAUUAGUGCUGCGUGUGGUGAAUUAUAUAAGUUAAAAGCUAAUGAUGCAAAAGAGAGGCAAUUCUGGGUCAAUAGAAUACGAGCUGUUGCAGAGCAUCACACUAAAAAUAUUGCCGAAAAGAACCCUCCUUUGCCUCCAAGAGAAUAUAGGCCUGCUUUGUCUGUGAUUGACAUGAAAUCAUCAAAUACGUCAUCAGACGGCCACUCUACGUGGUACGCUGGUUUCAAUGCAAAUUCUAUCAUAGAUGCUCAUCCUACUCGUAGAAAAGUUACGAAGCGAAAGCAAGCUCCGGCAGAUGCUCACAAUGCUGCUGUUCACUCGGCUUCUUCUAUUGCAGAAGCUCUGAAUAAUGUUCGUGAUAUGUUAUGUCAAACAGAAGAUUUUAAUAGUACUUUGUCAAACAAAAUAGAGGCUCUUCCAUACUCUGGAAAUGGUCCAAAAUGCUGUGAUACUCACUUAUUACUGCUCAAAGCUACAUCAGCUGCAACCUUGCGGACAUUGCAACAGUGUUAUUCAGUUCUGCAAAAUCAACAAGUUGCUGUAAACUUUCCUAAGUCCUUAAUUGAUAGUAAACCAGAUAAAAUUUUCCUAAGAAGUCUAUCGAACCAGAGUUCUUCACCUCAAAGGUCUAGGGAAACUUCUGUCUCUAUUGAUCCUAGUGGUGAAGUAUCUGAUAAUGAAGACAUAAAAGAAAAAGAAGCUUCAAUUGAAGGAGACAGGCAUACUGUGAUCAUGAAUCUGAUGUCCCACUUGAAACUUGGCACAGAUUUGACGACAGUUGUUUUACCUAGUUUUAUCUUAGAGCCACGAUCACUUUUAGAAAUGUUCGCUGAUUGCAUGAGGCAUCCUGAUUUUUUAAUUAGGAUACCUGAUUGUCAAUCACCAAAGUUGCGGAUGCUAGCUGCAGUGCAGUGGUAUCUCACAUCUUUUCAUGCCGGAAGAGAGGCAUCUGCAUCCCAAAAGCCCUACAAUCCCAUAUUGGGAGAAAUGUUUCGGUGUUCUUGGAAUGUUUAUGAUGAUGAUCAUGAAAGCCCUGAAAAAUUAUAUAAAGUUACUUAUGUUUCUGAGCAGGUUUCGCAUCACCCGCCAGUUUCUGCAUUUUAUGUUGAGUGUCCCAAAAAGAAAAUUUCAGUUAGUGCUCAUUUAAGUGUGAAAUCAAACUUUUUAACCUCAUAUGUAGCUGUAAAUUUCAUUGGUGAAGUGGUUCUUCAUUUGCCAACAUAUGGUGAAACUUAUGUCUUUACAUUACCCAGUGCCUACGUCCGUUGUAUUCUCACUGUGCCUUGGAUAGAAUUGGGAGGAAGGAUAUCUGUAACAUGUUCAGCUUCUGACUACAGUGCUUCAGUUACUUUUCAGACCAAACCACAACAAGCUGGUACUCCUCAUAGAAUUUCUGGGGAAAUUAAACACCAAAAUGACACUGCAUACCGAAUUAGUGGAGAAUGGAACAACUCUAUUCAGUUUGUAUCUAAUGAGGGUGUUGUUGAAAGUAUUAAUGUGCCUGAACUCAAAAGGUUUCGUAAACAUGUUCGUCCCCUAGACCAACAAGAUACGUUUGAGUCACGAAAACUGUGGCAGCUUGUAACAAAAGCUCUCAUUGAUGAAGAUUUUGUAAAAGCUAAUGAAGAAAAACAAAAACUUGAAGAUCAACAGAGGGAGGAGGAAAAGAAGCGUGUUGCAUCUAAUACUGAAUACAAUGGAAAGUUAUUUUACAAGGAGAAUGAUGCAUGGAAAUACAAGUACCCUUUGCCAUGA